AGGGAGGGGAUGCGGGCGGGAGGAUAAAGCGAUGAAGUGUGCUGCGUUACCGCGCAUCAGGCGCCGUUGUGGGAGCCGGAAUACCGUGCGUCUCUGACCGAGCCGGCCCUCUCCUGCGCACGCCCUCACCCAGACACGCAAGCCCCUCUGCUGUGGCCGUGGCCGUGGCCGGCCGCUCGCCCGGAGCACCCGGAGCGCGGCGAGAGCAGGUGGGCGCCCCGGUCCCCCGGCAGGUCCCCGGCGCCCGGCGCGCCAUGCAGGGCACGUGCGCCCCCCGGCUCUAACCUGCGCGCUGACGGGAGCAUGAUCUGUGCCCAGGCCGGGGCUGCCAAGAAUCUGUACCAGAACAGGUUUUUAGGCCUGGCUGCCAUGGCGUCCCCAUCUAGAAACUCCCAGAACCGUCGCCGCUGUAAGGAGCCACUCCGCCACAGCUACAACCCCAGCCAGUUCCACAGCAUGGCCAUCAGGAAUGGCCCCCAUGGCACCGUCACCAUCCCCCGCUCCACCAGUGACACCGACCUGGUCACCUCAGACAGCCGCUCCACGCUCAUGGUCAGCAGCUCCUACUACUCCAUAGGGCACUCACAGGACCUGGUGAUCCACUGGGACAUAAAGGAGGAAGUGGAUGCUGGAGACUGGAUCGGCAUGUAUCUCAUCGAUGAGGUCUUGUCAGAAAACUUUCUGGACUAUAAGAACCGUGGAGUCAAUGGUUCUCAUCGGGGCCAGAUCAUCUGGAAGAUUGAUGCCAGCUCUUACUUUGUGGAGCCUGAAACUAAGAUCUGCUUCAAAUACUACCACGGAGUGAGUGGAGCCCUGCGAGCCACCACCCCCAGCGUCACGGUCAAAAACUCGGCGGCUCCCAUUUUUAAAAGCAUUGGCUCUGAUGAGACCGUCCAAGGGCAAGGAAGUCGGAGGCUGAUCAGCUUUUCUCUCUCAGAUUUCCAGGCCAUGGGGUUGAAGAAAGGGAUGUUUUUCAACCCUGACCCUUACCUGAAGAUCUCCAUCCAGCCCGGAAAGCACAGCAUCUUCCCUGCCCUCCCUCACCACGGACAGGAGAGGAGAUCCAAGAUCAUAGGCAACACCGUGAACCCCGUCUGGCAGGCCGAGCAAUUCAGCUUUGUGUCCUUGCCCACUGACGUGCUGGAAAUUGAGGUGAAGGACAAGUUUGCCAAGAGCCGCCCCAUCAUCAAGCGCUUCUUGGGAAAGCUGUCGAUGCCCGUGCAGAGACUCCUGGAAAGACAUGCCAUAGGGGACAGAGUGGUCAGCUACACGCUUGGCCGCAGGCUUCCGACAGAUCAUGUGAGUGGACAGCUGCAGUUCCGCUUCGAGAUCACUUCCUCCAUCCACCCAGAUGAUGAGGAGAUUUCCCUGAGUACCGAACCGGAGUCGGCGGAAAUUCAGGACAGCCCAAUGAACACCCUGGCGGCGAGCGGCGGCGGGGAGCCUGUGUGCGAGGCGCCGGAGCCCGCGGGGAGCACGAGGCCCGAGCAGCCGAGCGAGGGCGGCGCCGGGGACGCCGCGGGGGACGGGAGCCCCGAGCCUGCCGAGCCGGCCGAGGCAGCGGCAGGUACCGCCGAGGCAGGAGACGACGGCACGGUCUCUGUGGGACCCGAUGGGUCUGGGGAGCUUCUGGCCGCGGGGCGAGAGGAUGCCGAGCCCGCCCUGAGCGCGGAAGAACUGGCCGAGCGGCUGGACCUGGGUGGGGAGGCGCUGCUCCGGGGGCUGCUGGAGGACGGCGAGGCCCCAGGCAGCGCCGGGGAGCCGGGGGCCGAGGAAGCGGCGACAGAGGGCCGGGCUGGGGGGCUAGAGGAGGAGAAGGAGCAGGAGGAGGAGGGGGACGUGUCUGCCCUGGGGCAGGGGGAGGACAGGCUGCCGCUGCGGGCGUCGGUGAAGAGGAAAAGCAGGCCGUGCUCCCUGCCCGUGUCCGAGCUGGAGACCGUGAUCGCGUCGGCCUGCGGCGACCCCGAGACCCCGCGGACACACUACAUCCGCAUCCACACCCUGCUGCACAGCCUGCCCUCGGCCCAGGGCGGCAGCACCGCGGACGACGACGGCGCGGAGGAGGAGGCCACCCUCAAGGACGCCUCCGAGAAGGAUGGGCUCAGCGAGGCGGACGCGGUAGCUGCUGAGCCGCCUCCCCUGGAAGGGGAUGGUGAGGACCCCGAGGGGGCCACUCCGGGCACAGCGCUCCCAGGCCACUCGGGCUUGGCCAACGGCCUGGUCCCGGAUGGCGACACGCACCCCAGCACGGGGAGCGAGAGCGACUCCAGCCCCCGGCAGGGCGGGGACCACAGCUGCGAGGGCUGUGACACGUCCUGCUGCAGCCCCACCUGCUACAGCUCCUCGUGCUACAGCACGUCCUGCUACAGCAGCUCCUGCUACAGCGCCUCCUGCUACAGCCCCUCCUGCUACAACGGCAGCAGGUUCGCCAGCCACACCCGCUUCUCCUCGGUGGACAGCGCCAAGAUCUCCGAGAGCACCGUCUUCUCCUCGCAGGACGACGAGGAGGAGGAGAACAGCGCGUUCGAGUCGGUGCCCGACUCGGUGCAGAGCCCGGAGCUGGACCCCGAGUCGGCCAACGGCGCCGGGCCGUGGCAAGACGAGCUGGCCGCCCCCGGCGGGAGCGUGGCGAGAACCGGGGAAGGUCUGGAGUCCCCCGUGGCGGGACCAAGCAGUCGGAGAGAAGGUGAAUGUCCUAUACUCCAUAAUUCCCAGCCAGUAAGCCAGCUUCCUUCCUUGAGGCCUGAACAUCAUCACUACCCAACAAUCGAUGAGCCUCUUCCACCAAACUGGGAAGCUCGCAUUGACAGCCACGGGCGGGUCUUUUAUGUGGACCACGUGAACCGCACGACCACCUGGCAGCGUCCAACCGCAGCAGCCACACCCGACGGGAUGCGGAGAUCAGGGUCCAUUCAGCAGAUGGAGCAACUCAACAGGCGGUAUCAAAAUAUUCAGCGAACCAUUGCAACAGAGAGGCCUGAAGAAGAUUCUGGCAGCCAGAGUUGUGAGCAAGUCCCAGCUGGAGGCAGCGGAGGAGGUGGCGGGAGUGACUCAGAGGCCGAAACUUCUCAGUCGAGCUUAGAUCUGAGGAGAGAAGGCUCGCUCUCUCCAGUGAACUCACAGAAGAUCACCUUGCUGCUACAGUCGCCAGCAGUCAAGUUCAUCACCAACCCCGAGUUCUUCACUGUACUGCACGCCAAUUAUAGUGCCUACCGAGUCUUCACCAGUAGCACCUGCUUAAAGCACAUGAUUCUGAAAGUCCGGCGGGAUGCGCGCAAUUUCGAACGCUACCAGCACAACCGGGACUUGGUGAAUUUCAUCAACAUGUUCGCAGACACGCGGCUGGAGUUGCCCCGGGGCUGGGAGAUCAAAACGGACCAGCAGGGAAAGUCCUUUUUCGUGGACCACAACAGUCGAGCCACCACUUUCAUUGACCCCCGAAUCCCUCUUCAGAACGGUCGUCUUCCCAAUCAUCUGACGCAUCGACAGCACCUCCAGAGGCUCCGAAGUUACAGCGCUGGCGAGGCCUCAGAAGUCUCUAGAAACAGAGGAGCCUCUUUACUGGGCAGGCCAGGACACAGCCUAGUAGCUGCUAUUCGAAGCCAACAUCAACAUGAGUCAUUGCCACUGGCGUAUAAUGACAAGAUUGUGGCAUUUCUUCGCCAGCCAAACAUUUUUGAAAUGUUGCAAGAGCGUCAGCCAAGCUUGGCGAGAAACCACGUACUCAGGGAGAAAAUCCAUUACAUUCGGACUGAGGGUAAUCAUGGGCUUGAAAAGUUGUCCUGUGAUGCAGACCUAGUCAUUUUGCUGAGUCUCUUUGAAGAAGAGAUUAUGUCCUACGUCCCCCUGCAAGCUGCCUUCCACCCUGGGUACAGCUUCUCUCCCCGCUGUUCACCCUGUUCCUCCCCUCAGAACUCCCCAGGUUUACAGAGAGCCAGCGCAAGAGCCCCUUCGCCCUACCGGAGAGACUUUGAGGCCAAGCUCCGCAAUUUCUACCGAAAACUGGAAGCCAAAGGAUUUGGUCAGGGUCCAGGGAAAAUUAAGCUCAUCAUCCGCCGGGACCACUUGUUGGAGGGAACCUUCAAUCAGGUGAUGGCCUAUUCCCGGAAGGAGCUCCAGCGAAGCAAGCUCUACAUCACGUUUGUUGGAGAGGAGGGCCUGGACUACAGUGGUCCUUCGCGAGAGUUCUUCUUCCUUUUGUCUCAGGAGCUCUUCAACCCUUACUACGGACUCUUUGAGUAUUCUGCAAAUGAUACUUACACCGUGCAGAUCAGCCCCAUGUCUGCGUUUGUGGAAAACCAUCUUGAGUGGUUCAGGUUUAGCGGUCGUAUCCUAGGCCUGGCUCUGAUCCAUCAGUACCUUCUGGACGCCUUCUUCACGAGGCCCUUUUAUAAGGCUCUCCUGAGACUGCCCUGCGAUCUGAGCGACCUGGAGUAUCUGGACGAGGAGUUCCACCAGAGCUUGCAGUGGAUGAAGGACAACAACAUCACAGAUAUCCUGGACCUCACGUUCACGGUCAACGAAGAGGUUUUCGGACAGGUAACGGAAAGGGAGCUGAAGUCUGGAGGAGCCAACACGCAGGUGACCGAGAAGAACAAGAAGGAGUACAUUGAGAGGAUGGUGAAGUGGCGGGUGGAACGCGGCGUGGUGCAGCAGACAGAGGCUCUGGUGCGGGGCUUCUAUGAGGUCGUAGACUCGAGGCUCGUGUCAGUGUUCGAUGCCAGGGAGCUGGAGCUGGUGAUCGCUGGUACGGCAGAAAUUGACCUGAACGACUGGCGGAAUCACACCGAGUACCGGGGAGGCUAUCACGACGGGCAUCUUGUGAUCCGCUGGUUCUGGGCCGCAGUGGAGCGCUUCAAUAAUGAGCAGAGACUAAGACUGCUUCAGUUCGUCACGGGAACAUCCAGUGUGCCCUACGAAGGCUUUGCAGCCCUCCGAGGAAGCAACGGGCUUCGACGUUUCUGCAUAGAGAAGUGGGGGAAAAUUACGUCUCUCCCCAGGGCUCACACAUGCUUCAAUCGAUUGGAUCUUCCACCUUAUCCCUCGUACUCCAUGUUGUAUGAAAAGCUGUUAACAGCAGUAGAAGAAACCAGCACUUUUGGACUCGAAUGAGGAAAUGGAAACUUGCCUGACCUUUUCCUGGCCGGUGACGUCACCCUCUCCCUUUCCCAGAAUCAACUCUCCUUUGAUUUUGGUAUUCCAUGAUUUUUAUUUUCAAACCAAAUCAGGAUUGACAAAAGCUGUGCAUGAAGAACUGCCUUCUUCUAAGAUCUCACCUUCAGGCUUAUCUCCUCUAUUUUCAAUGAACCGCUAGCCUGUAUGCAAUAUUCAAAAAAGCACUCUCAAGGUCUGUGUAUAUCCACAUACCUCCAUUACUAACAAUGAAAUAUGAAUGCAAGUUAUGCUACUCUUGACCAAAUGGUAAUAAAUGUUUACUUCCAUUUAUAUGAUUUAAGGGAAAAUUUGAGCAUUAAGCAUUCCAAGCUUUUAUAUGCCCAUCUCUUCUGAGCAGAGCCACCAUUUUUUAUAAUUUCUAACAACCAACUCCAGAACCUAGGAGCUGAUCAACUCUUUCUUUCCCUCCCACUCUACUUCUCCCUGUGCAUACAAUCCAUCCCAAAACAGCAGCGGCAAAGCCGAAAUUUUUAUACGUUCAACUCAUGAUUCAUAUGUGGCAUCAGUCUCAUCAGCUGGAACUAGCCUAGACAUAUGGUGCAAAUAUUACACUUUCCAACAGAUAAUAGCAGCGAGAGAAACACCUGCUGAUGCAACGCAGAGCAUCCCAAUGGUCGUGGCUCAACUUGAGUUCAGAGAAGUCUAGGAGGGGUGCCCCUCUCGUGAACACUCCACACAAGAAGCACAAACUUGUGCACAUGCCCAAGAAGGAGAUCUCAAUAUGCAGCAUAAAGGGCAAGGCUUCUCCCCGCACUGUGUGGCAUAGAGUGUGAUCACGCAAACAGGAAGUAGGAGAGAAGGCCGUGUUAGGCUGGUCUGAAAACCUGAGUUCUGUAUUGUUUUGUUUUAUUUUGCUUUGCUUUGUUUAAUCUAGCUACAGUUCUCCUUCCCAAAGGAAAAAAAAUGUAUAGAUAAUCUCAUGACUUUUGUUAAAGCCGGGUAAUUACUUGCUUGGCAAACAAACUUUUAUUUUAACUUUGAUAUUGGCUUUUUUUAUGCUGUUUUCUUUUUUAUUCUUAAUCAUGGUGUUCAGAUUCCGUCACAUCUGAUCAUCCACAGGGACCACACUAAAUAAGAAGCUGCAGAGAGUGACGGUGCUUGUUAGGGAUCAAGGGCAAUAGAACACUUCUCCUUCAUCCACAACAGUCCUCCUGGAGCAGAGACCUAACACCCCAGAGGCACGUUGAUUUGUGUCAAAGUGGAUAUCCAGGUUCCUUUAGCGUUCAGUAAAGCGAUCUCUCAGAAAACUUUGUGUUUUCAGAAAAACAGUUGCAGCCUCCAAAGAUAGCCUAAGUUCUCAAUUACAUUUGGAAUAAACCCAAACAUAAUGGUCAUUUGCUGUUUUUCUAACCUUGUCAUCCAUGUUGUCUGAAAUAUGUCAUAAAUGAAAGUGUUUUUCUUCACUGGGAAGAGAGGAGAUAAAGGGGCACCACGGUUGAAAUGUCACAUUGCUGUUUUCAAUAUAUGAAAACAAUAGAGAAAUGUGAGACAUGGAAGACAAAGUUAAUUUCUUACCAAGCCAGGCAUUGUGCUCCUUGUAGCAAUUUGUGUCUGGACAGUGCAUGGCUUGUGCUCCCCGCUCUCCAAAAUGGAACAUUCUUUUAAUAGGAAUUACUUAGAAUGUCCAACACCCCCUUGCUGCGUUGUAUCUGUUGUCAAUCAGGGAAUAUAGAUGUUACAGAAAUUUAGCUUACUGUUGUUGUCUAAAAAGAAUAUUAACCAAGAUAGGAUAGAAUGUGUAGGUUAUAAAAUACAGAAUUUGAAGGAUCUGUAAAAUUCGGUCUGCAUUUCAGCAUCUGAAAGUUAUGGAUUCCGGUGGGGCUAUUAUUUAUUUAUGAAAUCAGAACAUAUGGAUUAUACAGAUCAUUUCACCAUUCUAACUCCUUGAACAGCAUCUCUAGUACAGGGAGCAUCUUUCAUUUUUAGAAUCUGGUGUUAUAAGUAUGUAAGUACUCAUUAAUUCAAGCAUAUAAUUCUAUUUUUAGUACUUACAUUAUUUGUUAGGCAUUGGCAAGGGAGAAAGCUGUUCAAAAAAUGCAAGCUGCUACUGGGGAGCUUUGUAACUUAUUCAAAUAUCUAAUUAAUCUAUCAGCUAGAUUAAUUAAUGCCUAUUCUACCCAUAUGCAGCAGGAACAAGGUAUAAUACAAACUAUAGAAAGAUAGAUAGAUAGAUAAACUUGGUCAUAGAUGAUUUUUCAACUAACUUGUCCUUACCACCAUCCCCCAGGCUAUGGCUCUAGAUGUCUCCCGCAAAGCAUUACAGGAACAGUAUUUCAUAAAAGUAUAAAAUUCCAAAAGGAAAUACUAGUGUCAGAGUUAACUGAAAGAAUGCGAAGCUUGUUUAACAGGGUCUCAGAUUCCAUUACAGCCUGCACAGAAACCUUAAGGAAGGAAAACAAAGGGAAGAGGAGCACAGACAGUCGCUAUGGAAAGAUCCUUUUAUUUCUCUAUGUCCCAAAUGAUGUUUCUUUAGUUACUAUUCCCUCAUAUAUGAGGCUGAUUUUAAAGUUGUUGAUAAUCUUUCAUUUUAUAUAUAUAUAAUAAAACAUAUAUAUAUAUAUAAUAAAACAGCUAUAGGAUUAAAUUAUGCUAUUAAUUUCACCAGAUAGAAGUAUAAACCACCCCAAAUCACAUAAAUCAAUGGGUAAGGCAGAUCUAUUUGUUACCACUUGUAAUUUUUUUUUAAUUUGAAAUAUGAGUUUUCUCCAUGGACGGGAAUUAUAAAAUUACUUACUUAUAAACCACAGCUCCCCUAAAACUAUAUCUGUUAAAGCUAGUUUUAGUAAGAGUGGAUUACCUUUAAUUGGUGGACAAACAAGAACAAUAAAUAAGAGAAAACAUGUUACAAUUUGGAAAAUGGUUUUAAAAUGCUAUAAAGUUUUUAUAAUAAUAAUUUCGUGGCUAUCACAUUUUAGUCUAUCAUAUGAAGAUGAUAACCCUAAAAAUAGAAAUUGACUCUGCAGCGUCAGGAGGAACAGUCUAGAUCUACUGAGGUUUUUGAAAUUUCCUAUGUAUGUACGUUGACAGUGGUUCUGAAAAUUUUUUACUACCAUCACUAUUAUAGCACAAUUGCUCGGAGGGCAAUGAGAAAAUUAAGAAAGAGAGAUGUAUGAUGUUUUGGCAGCCUUUAAAUAUGCAAAACCUAAAUCUUUUUCUCUUACAGUACAUAACCAUAUGUCCUUGAACAGUAAGUGUGAUUGUGUGACAAGCCAAUGAGCUAGACUUCCCAGGACAGUUCUAAUGUCCCAUCUAUAGCAUUGUCAGCCCAUGUGUCCAAAAUUUGGGUUCAGAAAUUUCUCAAUUGCCACAGAUGUUUUCCCAGUCAAGAUGAAACACCUUCAAAUGAAAGUAGUUAGAACUUUACAUAACAAAUGUGGUGCUUUAUUAUUAUUAAUUAUUAUUAUUAUUAAUUAUUGUUAUGUACUUCAGUGUUCAUUAUUGAAACUACUGCAAUACCAUAUCAUAAAAAUCUGGGAUGGAUGUUCCAGCCAUCAUAAGGUCCAAAAAAAAAGUGUUAUUUUCCUGUUAGUGACAUGUAGUCCCUUUGUUCUAGUAGAAAAAAAGGUGCCUAGAGGUAGUAUAUAGAGUAAAUAUUGUUCCAUUAGCCUACUUCCUGCAGCUUCCAAUUUAUCCAAGGAAAUGUCUAUAACAAUUUUGUUACGUCUUUGUUCUCGUCAAUAGCAGAAGAAGUCCACAUUAUUGGGCCCAUUUUGCUUACAUCGACAAGAGAAAUGUCACGUGAUACUCAGGCCGAGCUUUCUCUUCCAUCAUACCACCUUCAAGGAAUGUCAAUAAACUCACUUUGGUAUGGCA